AUGGCCUUGUUUUGCGCUCCAAGUCCUCUUCCGCACGAGUCGCCGCUGGAAAAUCUGAUUGACCAUGGCAAAAGGAAAUUGAAUGAGAGCGCAGACGCGAAUGCCGCCAAACGCGCCAAAUACCUAGGCCCCUUUAUCGUGGAUGAAUCCGAUGACGAGGACUCACAGCAAGGAGGUAUACCUGGUUCUAGGUCGCGAAUCAGCGUCACGGAGCAUACAAGCUGGUUGGGCACUACAGAGACACAGAUUUAUGAGACCCAGGGAACGCCGUACAUUCGUGCACCAUCUUUGAAAACCAGAGACGAUGAUGCAGUUUUGAAUACGCCACGCAACACAGCGACCCCCGUUGAAGUUACAAGCAAUAGCAAAGAACAUCUUAUUAUCCGAAAAUGCUCUGGAGAGUCUAUUCGCGUACCACGAAGAAAGCCAAGCUUACCAGUCUCGUACGAACAAUUGAUCGCUAGUCGAUCGAUGACAGCUCCUGGAAGAGCAACGAAAAGCUACUAUGGGAUCGAAAUUCACCGUUUAAUGGAAGAAGCCCGGGACACGCGGAGCAAGGACAAAAGAUCGCACAAUGUCCCCAAGCUACAUCAGUCUGUGGAGUCACCAUCGGGAUAUCAAGCUCAAGCAGGGAGAAAUACUCUAUGGACGGAGAAGUAUCGAGCACGGAGAUUCAAAGAUCUCAUCGGUGACGACCGAACCCAUCGCGCGGUUUUGCGGUGGUUGAAAGGCUGGGAUCCUAUCGUUUUUCCUAGUUUGGCCAAAUCAAAGGCGCAAAAUAAGACGGCCGAUUUAGAAGAGCCUAAUACCCACCGUAAAAUCCUCUUGUUAACUGGCCCUCCCGGCCUAGGAAAAACAACAUUGGCUCAUGUCUGUGCGAAACAAGCUGGCUACGAGGUUUUGGAAAUCAAUGCUAGUGAUGAGAGAAGCCGAGACGUGGUCAAAGGGCGCAUAAAGGACGCAGUUGGCACAGAAAACGUGAAAA